CAAAUUUCGAAUCUUCAAACUGGGUUCUUUCCUUCCUUUGUGAUAAAAAAGAAAUUUUGAGGUCGGGCGUUAUUGUGAGGACUCGUGGCGAGUCGUUUGUGUAAUUUUGUAGGUAAUUUGAACGAUAUUUCAAACAAUAAAUAUAAAGAAGAAUGGCUGAACCGCUGAAGGCCUUUUUAGAAAAUAAGCCACUGGGAAAGGUGAAGAAAGAUCCAAAGCGGCUGUCGGUGGAGAGGAUCUAUCAGAAGAAGACACAGUUGGAGCACAUUUUGCUCAGACCUGAUUCCUACAUAGGCUCUGUAGAGCCUGUCACUCAACAAAUGUGGGUGUAUGAUGGGAGUGUUGGUCUAAACUGCCGUGAUGUGACGUAUGUGCCUGGGCUUUACAAGAUUUUUGAUGAGAUCCUUGUAAAUGCAGCUGACAAUAAGCAGAGGGACAAGAACAUGUCCUGCAUCAAAGUCAACAUUGAUGUUGAAAACAACACCAUCAGCAUAUGGAAUAAUGGGAAAGGGAUUCCUGUGGUGGAGCACAAGGUGGAGAAGGUCUUCGUGCCUGCUCUCAUUUUUGGACAGCUCCUUACCUCCAGUAAUUAUGAUGACGAUGAGAAGAAGGUUACUGGUGGACGAAAUGGAUAUGGUGCUAAACUUUGCAACAUCUUCAGUACGAAGUUCACUGUAGAGACUGCCUGUAAAGAGUCAAGAAAGGUUUUCAAGCAGACUUGGUAUGAUAACAUGGGCAGAGCAGGGGAUGCUAACAUCAAACCUUUUGAUGGAGACGAGUACACUUGCAUCACCUUCAGGCCUGAUCUGCCGAAGUUUAAGAUGAGCGUCCUGGACAAAGACACAGUAGCUUUGAUGACCAGGAGGGCCUAUGACAUUGCAGGAUCUACCAAGGGUGUGAAGGUCUUCUUCAAUGGCAAGAGACUUCCAAUUACAGGUUUUCGUAGCUAUGUGGACAUGUACGUGAAGGACAAGGUGGAUGAGCUGGGUGGUCCCCUCACUGUGGUCCAUGAGACGGUCAGUGGUCGCUGGGAGGUGUGCCUCACCAUGAGCGAGAAAGGUUUCCAGCAAGUCAGCUUUGUCAACAGCAUUGCCACUACGAAGGGAGGCAGGCACAUCGACUAUGUGGCUGACCAGGUGGUUGGCAAGCUCAUUGAAGUGGUGAAGAAAAAGAACAAAGCUGGUGUAGUUGUCAAGCCUUUCCAGGUGAAGAACCACAUGUGGCUAUUUGUUAACUGCCUGAUUGAAAACCCCACCUUUGACUCUCAAACCAAAGAGAACAUGACACUGCAGCAAAAGAAGUUUGGGUCCACUUGUCCCCUCAGUGAUAAGUUCAUUAAGCAGGCCACAGGUUGUGGAAUUGUGGAAAGCAUCAUGAACUGGGUGAAGUUUAAGGCUCAGUCUCAGCUCAACAAGAAAUGCUCUGCUGUUAAGCACACAAAAAUCAAAGGUGUGCCAAAACUGGAUGAUGCCAAUGAUGCAGGUGGGAAGAACUCCGUUGGCUGCACGUUGAUCCUUACCGAAGGAGACUCAGCCAAGACACUUGCUGUGUCUGGGCUGGGAGUGGUUGGAAGGGAUCGAUAUGGUGUGUUCCCUCUCAGAGGAAAAAUGCUCAACGUCCGGGAGGCCUCACACAAACAGAUUAUGGAUAACGCUGAAAUUAACAACAUUAUCAAGAUCCUCGGUCUACAGUACAAGAAGAACUACAGCGACCAAGAUUCACUCAGAAGUCUGCGUUAUGGCAAGAUCAUGAUCAUGACAGAUCAGGAUCAAGAUGGCUCCCACAUUAAGGGUUUGCUGAUCAACUUCAUCCACCACAACUGGCCAUCGUUGCUACGCCAUAACUUCCUGGAAGAGUUCAUCACCCCCAUCAUCAAGGCAUCUUACAAGAAAACGCAGAUGUCUUUCUACAGUAUUCCUGAAUUCAACGCAUGGAAGGCGAGCCAGCCCAACCACAAAUCUUGGAAAGUCAAAUACUACAAAGGUUUGGGAACAAGCACAUCUCAGGAAGCCAAGGAGUACUUCUCUGAUAUGCAGAGACACCGUAUUCCCUUCAAGUACUCAGGACCUAAAGAUGAUGAAGCUAUCACCCUUGCCUUUAGCAAGAAGAAAGUGGAAGAGCGAAAAGAGUGGCUCACCAAUUACAUGGUCAACAGGCGCCAGCGCAGGGAGCACAAUCUUCCUGAGGACUACCUGUACGGUCAAUCGACCAAGUCGCUUUCCUACAAUGACUUUGUCAACAAGGAGCUUGUACUUUUCUCCAACUCUGACAAUGAGAGGUCCCUUCCCUGUUUGGUGGAUGGUUUGAAACCAGGUCAGAGGAAGGUACUGUUCUGUUGCUUCAAAAGGAACGACAAGCGGGAGGUGAAAGUGGCCCAGCUGGCCGGUUCAGUGGCUGAGAUGUCUGCCUACCACCAUGGAGAGGUCUCUCUGAUGAUGACAAUCAUUGGUUUAGCCCAGAACUUUGUGGGAAGCAACAACAUGAACCUACUGCAGCCUCUGGGACAGUUUGGAACCAGGCUGCACGGUGGCAAGGACUCAGCCAGUCCUCGAUACAUCUUCACCAUGCUCAGCCCCCUGGCUCGUCUUGUUUUCCCACCAGUGGAUGACAACCUCCUGAAGUACAACUUUGAUGACAACCAGCGUGUGGAGCCAGAAUGGUACAUUCCCAUCAUCCCCACUGUGCUGGUGAACGGAUCCGAAGGUAUCGGCACAGGCUGGGCCAGUAAGAUUCCCAACUUUGACAUACGUGAGAUCAUCAGCAACAUUCACCGUAUGCUUAACGGCGAGGAGCCGCUGCCAAUGCUUCCAAACUACAAAGGUUUCAAAGGCACCAUUGAGCAGGUGAUGGAUAACCAGUACAUGAAUAGUGGAGAAGUGGCCAUCAUUGACUCCACCACCAUUGAGAUCUCUGAAUUGCCGGUCAAAUCCUGGACACAGACCUACAAGGAGAACGUGCUGGAGCCGAUGUUGAAUGGCACAGAGAAAGCUCCUCCUCUGAUCACAGACUACAAGGACUAUCACACUGACACGACUGUACGCUUUGUGGUCAAGAUGACAGAAGAGAAGCUGAGAAGGGCGGAGGCUGUUGGCCUGCACAAAGUUUUCAAGCUCCAGAGCCCUCUCACCUGUAAUUCUAUGGUUCUGUUUGACCACGUGGGCAGCUUGAAAAAGUAUGAAUCCGUGCAGGAUAUCCUGAAGGACUUCUUUGAAUUGAGGAUGAAGUACUAUGUGCUGAGAAAGGACUGGCUGACUGGCAUGCUGGGAGCAGAGAGUGCUAAACUCUCAAACCAGGCCCGUUUCAUCCUGGAGAAAAUUCAGGGCACCUUGGUCAUUGAAAACAAGCCCAAAAAGGAACUUAUUCGCAUGCUGCAACAGAUGGGCUAUGACUCAGACCCAGUCAAGGCUUGGAAACAGGCCCAAGAGAAGAACGAAGAGGAAUCAGAAGAUGAAGAGGGGGGAGAAGAGCAAACGGACAAAGAUGAUAAUGGACCCGACUACAACUACCUGCUUAGCAUGCCUAUGUGGUUCUUGACCAAAGAGAAGAAAGAGGAGCUGUGCAAACAGAGGGAUGCCAAGUUGACAGAGCUGAACACUCUGAAGAAGAAGUCUCCAGCAGACCUUUGGAGGGAAGACCUUGCUGCUUUCUCAGAAGAACUGGAGCGCUUUGAGGCUAAAGAAAGUGAGAAUGCCUUUCUUCCUGUGAAGGGAGCUGGGAAAGGCAAAGGGAAAGUGAUGAAGGUGAAGCAGGAGACUAUGCCCACCCCACAGGGCCGCCGUGUCGUUCCACGCAUCACCAGCACAAUGAAAGCAGAGGCUAACAAGAAGGCUCAUCUUCAGAAAGGAGAAGGCAAAAGAGGCAGGAAAGCUAAGAGUGAUGUUGUGACGAAGAUAGAGUUUGGGGAGGAUGGAGAGAAAGCUACAAAAACUAGCAAGCAGACCACACUUCAGUUCAAGCCCAUCGCCAAGAAGAAGAAGAACCCGUGGUCAGAUGAAGAGUCUGACUUUGAGUCUGAGUCUGCUAGUGAAAUGGAGAUGGAGGAAGUUGCCGCCCCUAGAGAGAAGAUAGAACGCAAAACAAAAGCUCCAGUGAAGUAUAGUUUGUCUGACAGUGAAGAUGAACUUGAUGACUUGGAGAAGAAGAGUGCUCCUAAACGGAAGGCAGUGCUCAGCGAUGAGGACACAAGCUUUGCCCCAGAGCCCAUUGCUCUGUCCGACAGCGACUUGAGCUCUCCAGCCUCACCUCCCAGAACUCCAGAGCCAAAAAAAGUAGCAAAGACCAAAACGGCUCUCAAAGAAACCAAAACCAAGUCAAGUUCACUGUCUGAUGAUCAGGUGCCUGCAUCUAAGAAAACUGCUCCUGCAAAGAAACCAGCUGUGUCCAGGAAGAAGGCAACAGAUGCAAAGCAGCCCUCCAUCUUGGAUGCUCUCUCUAAAACCAAACCUUCAUCCAACACUGCUGCCAGAAAGGUCCCCUCGUUUGACUCCAGUGAUUCGGAGGCUGAAAAGAAAGUUCCAGCUGCAAAGGCCAAACCUCUUCUAAAACGGAAACAGACUGUGAUUGAUGAGUCUGACAGCAGCUCAGACGACCUCAUGUCACGCCUCAAGGCCAAAACCAAUGCUGCCACCAAGAAAACCAAGAAGUGGGACGAGGAUGACAGCUUCCAGAUUUCAGACCAAGAGUCAUCUGCUCCCGUUGCCGCGGCACCACGAGAGAAACCCUCACGUGCUCGGAAACCUGUUGCUUACAACAUAGAUUCAGAUUCUGAUGAAGAUUUUUAGAUUUUUAUUUUUUGUCUGAGUCAUCGUGCAUGUUUUUGCUUUUAGGGUUUAAAGUCUGUUUUUUUUUUCCAGUGCAUCUACAUUUGCAGCAUUUCCUUAAGUAGACCUUUAAAAAAAACAUUCUAUGUCAUAAAAUAAAAUUUCUCAUCCUGUCAAAGAAUUAGGAAAAAAUUGUUUCAUUCGCGGUUGACAUUUUAUAAGUUGUACUUCUAUAAUAUUUCUAUAUACUUCUAUAAUAGUUAUACUUCUAUAUAUAUAUCUUGUUUAAGUUCUUUACUGAGCUUUUGUUAUCACUUUGCUUGUGUUU